UUCUAUAAAAAGGAAUAAACUUAUCCAAAAUUUACAACAUAAUUCAACUUUUGGAUUCGACAUCGGAACCCUAGCGAGAAAGAAAGCGAUGGCGUCUCUGAUCUCUCUCAAAGCCUCCGACGACGUCGUUUUUGAAGUCGAACCUGCAUUGGUGAAGAACAUGAAAACUGUGCAAGCAAUCGUCGAUGCAGACGACGCUAAGCUCAGCGUCAUUCCCCUUCCCAAUGUUUCCAGUAGUCACAUCACGAUGAUCAUCGACUACCACCGUCUCUCUGACGCCGGGAAAGUGAAGGAAUUCUCCGUCGAGAAACUGGAUAACGAAGAGUUGAAGGAUUUUCUCCUUGCAGUGCAUUAUCUGAACAUGGAAUCGCUUUUCGAGUUCCUUACUCAGGCGGUUGCUGAUCGGAUCGAGAACAGGAGCGUUCGUUACGUACGGGAGUAUUUUGGUAUCGAAAAUGAUUUGACGCCGGAGGAAGAGAAGGCUAUCCGUGAAAAGAAUGCCUGGAGUUUUAAAGGCGCGGGUAUUGAACCUGAGGAGUGAAGCAGAUUUGUUGAAUUUCAAUUUCUGUUGUAGAAAUUACUAACUAAACCCUAAAAAUAUAGAUUUUCAAUUUAGGUUUUAUUUUCUUUUCUUUUGGGGAAGUAUAUCAAAAUUUGGGAUGUUUUUUAAUGGCUUAUCAAUUUGGAAUGUGAAUCUUUAAUUUGAUUAUGGAAGUAUUUAUUUUAUUUUGUUCAA